GAAGGAGUCAGAGGAGAAAGAGAAGCUAGGUUUGUCUGUAUGGCUGCGGGCGGCUGUGCAUCCCAGACCUGGGAAAAAGGAAGAAAAGUAUUCCGCGAAAUCUACGCAGUCAUCGGGUAAAGUGCUCUAAAUAAGGAAAAAUGACUUCCCUUGAAAGUCCUGAAGUCAAAGUAAGUCCUGCUUCAGUACCAAUCCGUGGAGCUGGAGAUGGAAUGGAAACUGAGCAGCCAUCUAAGUCAGUGGAAGUUACCUCUGGAGUCCAUCCACAGAGCUGUCAUGGCCUGCGAAGUCCGCGGAAGAAACCUGUUUCAUCACUGAGCCCAGGAGUGCUUCAGCUGGGCAAGAUUAUCACUGACAAAGCAGUAGAAGUUGAAGCUGUUCGAAUACUAGUUCCCAAAGCUGCUAUAACUCAUGAUAUCCCUGCCAAAAAUGCCAAACUAGUUAAAUCUUUGGGACAUCAUAAAGGAGAACUUUUAAGUCAAUCAGAUGGAGUCAUAGAUCCCAGAAAAGAGGUGGCAGAGCUAAAAAACCAAGUGGAAAAACUCAGAAGUUCUGAAAAGAGAUUGCUGCAGGACAAAGAAGGGCUUUCCAACCAGCUCCGUGUGCAGACAGAGGUAAAUCGUGAAUUAAAGAAGUUGUUAGUAGCUUCUGUUGGGGAUGAUCUGCAAUAUCACUUUGAACGUUUGGCUCGUGAGAAAAAUCAGCUUAUUUUAGAAAAUGAGGCCCUGGGUCGGAACACAGCUCAACUCUCUGAACAGUUAGAACGCAUGUCUAUACAAUGUGAUGUAUGGCGAAGCAAAUUCCUAGCAAGCAGGGUUAUGGCUGAUGAGUUAACCAAUGCUAGAGCAGCUUUACAGCGUCAAAGCCGGGAUGCCCAGAGUGCUAUUCAAGACCUCCUCAGUGAACGAGAACAGUUCCGGCAAGAAAUGAUCACUACUCAUAAAUUACUAGAAGAACUCUUGGUUUCCUUGCAGUGGGGUAGAGAGCAGACUUACUACCCUAGUGAACAACCCCAUAGCACUGCAGAGCUGGCCUCAGCAAAUCACAGACUGGCCACAGCACUGAAUUCCCACCUGCUUGGAAAUGUUGGCACUAAGAAUCUAAAAAAGGCUUCCCCUGCAUUUGAAUUCUGUAGUACUCCCGCUGAAAAAAUGGCCGAAACAAUUCUGCGAAUUUUAGAUCCAGCUACCUGUACAGAAAGCUCAUCUGAAAUAUUUUCAGAAUCUUCACCAGUCACUUUGCUUUCUACAAAAAAAAAUAUUGGACGAUUCCAUCCAUAUACUAGAUAUGAAAAUAUAACUUUCAACUGCUGCAAUCACUGCCAGGGAGAACUUAUUGCCCUUUAAAAGAAUUCAAAUCAGUGUCUUUAGAAUGUCCUAGAAUCUCUUAUCAUUACUUGAGUUAGCUAUUUGGGGGCGAGGGUCUUAUUAGGACACCAUGUAAUGGUACUCUUUCUACUUAUAUACUGGAUUUCUCCAAAGAAUUUCCAUGUAUUGAACUUUAGAUCUUUUUCAUAUUUAGGUACUCAGGGCAUAAAAAGCACAAAACUCUAAAACUACUAAUCACCAAUAAUACAAGCUUUCCAAAACUUCAUACUAUGCUUUCUUUAAAGUUUGUAGUCUUGGAAUUCUCUUGGUAGUUAUGAUUUUAAAAUCUCUCCAAAAGGUGGUAUCAACUUAGUUUAAAAACUUCUCCAGGACCAGAUUCUUUACCUCCAUUGGAUUUGUGCAGUGUUCUUUGCAUUUCUAUUAAAAUCCAAAAUGACUACACUGAUUUUUACCAGUUUAUGGGGUCCCAAAAGAACAUGCUAAUAAGGUAUGUUUACCUUAAUAGAAAAGGGGAAAAAAUAAAGUGUAAUAAGCUUUAUGGUUCUGAAUAAAUGAUUGAAAAGAAUAUGUUCAGCACAAAACGUACAUAUGAUGUUAGGGGGUUUUCAGAUUGGUGUGUAAAGCUGAUGAGAAAAACAAUUGAAAUGAUUAAACUAAACCGUAGCAAAAGUGAUGCACAAUAGUGAUGAUAUUGAACAUAUAUUUUACUUGUUUUUUUUUUUUAAUAAGUAUUCUAGUCUUGAUUUGUACAGAUCUGAGUAAUAGGCCUUUAAGAGACCUUUUAAAUUUGAAAGAUUCUAUACAGCAUGUAUUUUUUUUAAAAACUGUAACAUAACAGACCAUUAAUAUCUUUAUAAACCCAAAGAAGAAAAUCAGCCCAUUAGUUGAAACUUUGUUUUCAUCAUUGUUUUAUUAUGUAUCAGUGGUUUGAGUCCUUAAAAACUGUACUCAUUUUGUACCAGAUUACCGGACUCAUUUAAAUUAGUUCCCUCUGUAAUUAUACCAAAUCAUGCAGAUGAGUUACAGAAGUGCCUAUUAGAAAUCUCCAAUGGUCAGAUAUAAAUAUGAUGUGUAUGUUUUUUGUCAAAUGAAUACUUGUUUCUGGUUGCAAUGUUUGGAUUAAUUUAUUGUUUCAAAUGGCAAUAAAUAUAUUUAUCUUUUCCUGCAGUAAAA